CCGUGCUAUGCGUAGAACUUUAUGCUGAACUGUGGGCUUUCAUUCCAGAUAGAUUUCUUCUAUUGUGUUGCUAUGUAAAUUACACCUUCCUUUUUAUCUUCGUGAUAACGAAGCUGUUGUAUUCACCAUUCACGCGUCUGGUUUCGCAAGAAUGAGCUGUUCCUGGUUUUUUAACGCGCCUUUUGGAAUUCCUAUCAAAGGAUCCUGAUUGGCGUUUCCGUAUUGCUUACCAUCUAGAAUUCAAAAGCCAGCAUAAUAAUUUCUCUUAGUUUCGAGUCUCAAACUCUCAACAUUUGGCGUUUUAUAAAAGGGGCGGACGUUGGAAUAAGAUGCCAGUUGAAAAGAAGAUCUCAAUCAUUCUACCUGUAUUCGGAGUAACAGUUGCAAGUAAAACUUCUCACUAUUGUGAAUAUUGUGUAUAAAUAGCUAAUUAUGUCUUGCGGCGGAUCGUGCGGAAGAGACUUGACAACAAAAUUAACGGCUGAACAGUACCAUGUUAAGCAAGAAGCGGGCACUGAAGAGCCUUUUACUGGAAAAUUCAAUGAUCAUCACGAAGUAGGGACUUACAUUUGUAUCGUUUGCAGCAAUCCACUAUUCAGCUCUGAAACCAAAUAUGACUCUGGUUCCGGUUGGCCAUCGUUCUACAAAACCCUUCCGUACGAAGCAGAAAAGGAAACCGUUGAGAGAAAACCGGAUGAUUCCAUCGAAGGAAGACCUAGAAUUGAAGUGGUGUGCACAAAGUGUCAAGCUCAUUUGGGCCAUGUUUUCCAAGAUGGACCACAACCAACUGGAGAACGUUUUUGCAUCAAUAGUGUGGCCAUUGAUUUUGCACCAAAGGUAGAAGACGUCCAAGAAAAAAAUUAGGUUUUUUAGCAAUGACAACUUGUUUCAUUGUUUGUUAAUGAAUGGUUAUCGUGUAUGCUUUUAUUUUAUGUAGUGUAAAAAAUAUCAAUAAUUACUCAGUUUAAAUAA